GUCCCCGCCUCCCGAUCGUCCCCCUCCUUCCUCUCCGUCCUCCUUCCUCUCGUCCUCAUCCGUCCUUCCUUCCGCCGGCGCUAUGGGGACGCAGCGCGGGGCCGUGGCGCUGCUGGCGCUCGUGUGCGCGGUCUGGGCGCCGCGCGCCGGGCACGCGCAGUACGAGCGCUACAGCUUCCGCAGCUUCCCGCGCGACGAGCUGAUGCCGCUCGAGUCGGCCUACCGCCACGCGCUGGACCAGUACAGCGCCGAGCACUGGGCCGAGAGCGUGGGCUACCUGGAGGUCAGCCUGCGGCUGCACCGCCUGCUGCGCGACAGCGAGGCCUUCUGCCACCUCAACUGCAGCGCGCCGCCCGCGCCCGCGCCCGCUGCCGGCCUCGCCCGCUACCCCGAGCUGCGGCUCUUCGGAGACCUGCUCCGCCGCGCGCACUGCCUCAAGCGCUGCAAGCAGGGGCUGCCCGCCUUCCGCCAGUCGCAGCCCAGCCGCGAGGUCCUGGCCGACUUCCAGCGCCGCGAACCCUACAAGUUCCUGCAGUUCGCCUACUUCAAGGCAAAUAAUUUCCCGAAGGCCAUCGCCGCUGCGCACACCUUUCUCCUGAAGCACCCUGAUGACGAGAUGAUGAAGAGGAACAUGGCGUAUUACAAGAGCCUGCCCGACGCAGAGGACCACAUUAAAGACUUAGAAAGCAAGUCGUACGAGAGCCUGUUUAUCCGAGCCGUGCGGGCCUACAAUGGCGAGAACUGGAGAACUUCCGUCACCGACAUGGAGUUGGCCCUGCCGGACUUCUUCAAAGCCUACUACGGGUGUCUGGCAGCCUGUGAAGGCUCCCGGGAGAUCAAGGACUUUAAGGAUUUCUAUCUCUCCAUAGCAGAUCAUUACGUGGAGGUCCUGGGAUGCAAGAUCCAGUGUGAAGAAAAUCUCACCCCCGUGGUGGGAGGCUACCCCGUGGAGAAGUUCGUGGCCACCAUGUAUCAUUACUUGCAGUUUGCUUACUAUAAAUUGAAUGACCUGAAGAACGCAGCCCCCUGUGCUGUCAGCUACCUGCUCUUUGACCAGGACGACAAGGUCAUGCGGCAGAACCUGGUGUAUUACCAGUACCACCGGGACAAGUGGGGCCUCUCUGAGGAGCAUUUCCAGCCCCGGCCGGAAGCCGUUCAGUUCUUUAACGUGACCACACUCCAGAAAGAGCUGUACGACUUUGCGAAGGAAAAUCUAAUGGAUGACGAUGAGGGAGAGGUUGUGGAAUACGUGGAUGACCUCUUGGAGAUGGAGGAGACCAGCUAGCCCACAGUAACCAAAGUGACCUGCCCUUAAUGUUCAGGGAACGGAAGACACUUUGCCUUUGUUCCCACUCCCCCAGGUUGUUGAUACCUCAAAGCCUUCCUGUCAGUCUGUGAAGGGAAAGGGAAGUCCCAUCUCUGUCAUUCCUGUAACCCAAGGUCAGCCUGCCAUACCUAUGUUCACACCUG